AUGCACCUCCAUCGCACCCUCACCGUCCUCGCCUUCUGCGCCCUCCCCACAAUCGCACUCCGCCUCCCAAUCCACCAUCAUCCUUCCUCGUCCUCAUCAACGGCGUUGGCAAAGAGAGGCUCUUCCCUGAGCCUCCACAACCUCGGUGACAGACACUACUACGCAGACAUCGAGCUCGGUGGCCAGAACUACACCGUCCUCAUCGACACUGGGAGUUCAGAUCUAUGGGUAGCAGGCACCGUCCCAAGGAGCACCGACACUGGCGUUAGCGGCGAACUCGCAUACGCCAAAGACACGGUCCAAGGUCCUAUCAAAACAGCAACCCUUCGUUUUGGGGACUAUAGCGUCAGAAACCAGGCCUUUUUGGAGAUUACACCAGACGAGAUUCAUCCCCAAGGCGAGGGUCUACUCGGCCUAGGUCCUUCCACAGGGUCCUUCAUCGCGCCCCUACUAGAUGGUCAUGAAGGCGAUCCACCGCUCUACCGCGUAUUUAAUCAAUCACUCUCAACUCCCAACUACUUCACCAUCCUCCUUGGCCGAGAGAAGGACCCAACAGAUCACUUUACCGGGAGCGUCACCAUCGGUGAAGUCCUCCCCGAAUAUCAAUCUAUCCUCAACGAAACCCGCCUGCGCUUCUCGAACCCGUCUCCCGAUACAGGGAGCGCCCACCAACUUCACCUCCAGGUGCUCUUGGACGCAGAUGGCAUAAUCGGUCCUGAUGGAGAACCUAUUCCUAUCCGAACUGAGGUUGCCCAGGCCGAGGACCCCGCGAGAGCGACCGUGGUGCUCGACAGCGGUUUCAGCUUACCCCAAGUCCCCAAAUAUGUCUCUGACGCCAUAUACAGUCGCUUCUCGGGCGCUGAGUAUGUGAUGGUUCAAAAUAUUGGCGGAAUAUGGAUCCUCCCAUGCACCGUCGAGGUCAACGUCACUGUCAAGUUUGCUGGCAAGGAGUAUCCCAUACACCCCCUUGAUAUGACUUUGGAGCCCGAGUUUUUAGGCUAUGACACUAUCAACAAUGCACGAGGCGAGAACAUGUGCCUUGGAACUUUCCAACCUUAUGUCUUCGAGCGCGGCGAUUUCCCUAGUUACGACAUGAUUUUCGGCAUGGCGUUUAUGCGGAACGUCUAUGCCCUCUUCGAUUAUGGCGAUUUUCUCUCCACAUCCACUUCCCAGCUCGCUGAACCCUACAUCCAACUCCUCUCCCUGACCGACCGGGAGGAAGCCCACUCCGAUUUCGUCACUGUACGGCUAAACGGGACUGAAAGACCAAAUAAGGGGUUGAGAGACGAUGACGACAAAGAUUCUGGCGGGAAUGGAGGGCCGACGAAGGGGCGGAUGCAUUCGGCCAUCGUGGCUGCAGUGGCUGUUAUCGGAGUGUUGUUGCUUGUUGCUGGAUUCUUUGUGUGGAGGGCGAGGAGGAAGGGCGGGAGGGUGUAG